AUGCAGACCAGUCCAUUACCAAAGUCGAUCGACAUGCUUUUAUCCAGCAAUGUCGAACCCUCCGAAGAAGAAGCUAGCAAAAUCCAAAGCCUUCUGGUGGAGCCCACUCGCCAACUGGAAGAACUAGAAAAUAAUAUCAGGGUCCUAGAAAUACAACUGGAGGACUUGAAAGCCAAACGAACUACGACGAAAGAAACCAUUUCACGCUACAGAGCCGUCCUAUCGCCAAUUCGUCGACUUCCUGCGGAUGUCCUCCGUGAAAUAUUCCUUCAUUGUCUUGAAAAGCAUCGUAACCCAGCCAUGCUAGCAUCUGAGGCACCGAUGCUCCUUACUCGGAUUUGCAGUUCCUGGAGGUCCAUUGCGCAAUCUUCGCCACUUCUGUGGGCCCAGAUUCAUAUCGCUUUUCCAAAUUGGAUUGAUUUCCUGGUUAUCGAGGACUCGGGCGAUCAAAGUGAACAUGUACCUAUUUCUCAACGUCGGCAUUUGGUAACAGGUAAAUUAUUUCAGCUCCAGUUUGAGGCAGUCGUAGCAUGGCUUAGUCGGUCUGGAACCUGCCCUUUAUCGAUCUCAAUUCACUACGUAGCAAGUUCCAUUCGGUCAGGAUAUCCCGCUUUCCCUGCCGAAAAUUUAAACGUAAUAAGUAAAUUAUUCAAAGUCCUCACGGAUGAAGCAGACCGAUGGCGGCAUUUUGAACUGUCAAUACCGAAGGAUGCAUAUGACAUUCUAGUUGAAGCCUUAGAGGGAUCUCCCCUUCCCAAUAACCUCGUUACACUACGAGUGUCAUUCACUCCAGGGGGUGUUGAACCAUCUUUCUCUGAACCUCCUAACAUCAUCCCAAGCUUGAGGAAGAUCUCCAUUGACGAUAUUGGUCAUCUCACCAACGGAAUAUCCCGUUCUCGGUUACAGGUUCUCACCUUCUUGUCCAUCCAUCUACAGCGUCUUUCCACAGAUGUUGCCGCUUUUGUCUUUAAAAACUGUCCUUCUCUUAUACAUGUCAAAUUUACAAUCCUAUCUUGGCAACAGACUCCAUCGGAAACAAUGCCCACCAUUCAUCUUCCGGAGCUACGCACAUUAUAUAUCGGCGAUGAUUCACCAAAUCUUUUAAGCACCAGGGGUUUUUAUGACGCAUUUUAUGCCCCAAAGCUAUCAACUUUGGCAUUCUACUCGUUGUCCAUAGGAUUCUAUCCGAGUAUCUCCCCAGCUCUCACUCCUAAUUAUCCAAUGACUCCUAUCAGUGGAUUACUCCAGAAGUCCACUAGGCUCCACACAUUAAUGCUAUGUGUGGACAACCUCUCCGACAAACAAUUGUCAGAGAUCCUGCACAGCGCGAGCAACAUAACACAUCUGAUCUACGGAAAGCCAACGCCCCCUCACCGCGUAUCGACAUUUUCACCAUCUGAAGUACCUGUGCUUGUAGAUGGCUAUUGCGAGACUAAAUGGGACUUUAAAAGCACAUUUUUUGAAACUACUGGAAACAUUGACAGUGGGAGCAUACCUCGCACAAUUACACCACCUUUACUACCAAAGCUGGAACGAAUAGAGUUUAUGGAAUCGGCCAGAGUCAAGGCAUUGUCAAAUAGCACGCUACUCCAGUUUAUCAUCAAUCGAAUGGACCCUUUACCUUCUGGCCUUAUCUCUUCACUAAAGGAGGUCAAAGUCAAUUUCAAUUUCCACCUUAAAAAAAAGGCAGAAAUAAAUGUGAAGGAAAGCCUUAUCAAGCUUACUCAAGAGAUGGGUAUUUCAAGCAAUGUCCACCUUAGUCUGACCUAUUCGGAGUAUGAUUACUCGCCACUGCGUGCACUUGGAGUGUAUUCAGAGAUGUGGGUCCACGACCGUAUUGAUGAAGACGUUAGUUCUCCUCCAAUUUAA